AAAGGAGAGGAAGUAAGGAGCAGCAGCAAUCGUCUAUGUCCAUGGCCCUCUCAAGCUCGCUCCGUGGCCUGGUGGCCCUGACCCCGCUGGCCCUCCCUUCCGCUCGCCCGAGCGGGGCCGCGGCGGCGGCCCCGGCACCACGCGCGCGGGGUCGGACGGGGAGAGGGGCGGGGGUCGUGGCGCUGGCGGCGGCUCUGCCGUCGGACGCGCAGUGGCUGGAGCGGCUGCCGGAGAAGAAGAAGCCGCUGUACACGCACAGCCUGCCGUGCAUCGAGGCGUGGCUGCGCAGCCUCGGGUUCACGCAGUCCCGCGAGGACCCCGCCGUCUGGGUCGCCGAGAAGCCGCUCUGGCACGCGCGUCUCAGCCUCGAUGUCACCGACCUCCACAUCAGGUACUUGAAAAGCGGCCCUGGAAAUCUUGACAAGGAUAUGGAGAGAAGGUUUAGCUACGCCCUAAGCAGAGAAGACAUCGAGAACGCCAUACUCGGAGGACCUUAAGCUGAACACAUGGCCAAGGGGCUCAGAGCUAGGAAUUGCUUAGUCGAGGUUGGCACUGAAGAAAUAAUCGCUCCAGUGAUCUGCGUGCUACCAUUACGCCAUUGUAAGAGCAAAUGGAUCAUGUGUCGAGAAAUAAUAUUCAUGAGCAAUAAUCUCGAACUAGGCUGGAAAUGUUGGAUGCCUCCUGGUGACAUGCGCCUGGUUUGUUGGCCUCGUUGUGUCAAAUCUGCCUUUGAGCCGAAACUUGCUCAUUUGUGUACGGCAGAAUAGUGAGCUUUUCUACUCUCCGGUGAUGUGAUCGGUGGCACUAGAACCCAUGUACCAAACUUGGAUCAGUCUAACAAGAACACGUGCAGAAGUAGCACGUUUUUACCU